GCAAAAGGGGGUUACGGCUGCGGGAGCUAGAGAAGAGCGACGGGAGGAGGUUGGGUUUGGCGGGGCCGGGGAUCUAAGGAUUAUGGGGGUGUGAAACUGAGGUGCAGGUCGCGGAAGCGGGACUCAGUGCAAGCCAGGUAAGGCAAAGGGUGGGGGGCAGCGAGCGCAGCUGUGAACAGGGGUGGGAACACAUGUUCCCGCGGCUGCCGCCCACAUCCCCGUGUGUCUGCCACCCGGACACUAACGGAGAUGGAUGGGCUGGGGGAGACGCAGAGCGCGUGGCCCCAGGCGGCUCUGCUCUCGCCCGCCGCCCCCGCAGCGGAGGGGUCGGGGCGGGGGUCUGGACGCAGAUAAAGGGGCUGAGACGAGAGCGGGGAACACGGCCGGCAGCGGCGGCAGCAUGAGCACCGCAGACCCUGACUCGCACCCGGCCCGGGAGGCGGUGGCCUCCGCCUACCAGCGCUUCGAGCCCCGUGCCUACCUCCGCAACAACUACGCGCCUCCGCGGGGAAACCUGAGCAGCCCUGACGGCGUCGGGCCUUGGAAGCUGCGUUGCUUGGCGCAGACCUUCGCCACCGGUGAAGUGUUUGGACGCACCCUCAUCGACAUUGGGUCGGGCCCCACCAUAUACCAGCUGCUCAGCGCCUGCGCCCACUUUGAGGACAUCACCAUGACAGACUUCCUGGAGGUGAAUCGCCAGGAGCUGGAGCUCUGGCUUCGGGAGGAACCUGGGGCCUUCGAUUGGAGCACGUACAGCCAGCAUGUCUGCCUCAUUGAGGACAAGGGUGAGUCCUGGCAGGAGAAGGAGCACCAGCUGCGAGCCAGGGUGAAGCGGGUCCUGCCCAUCGAUGUGCACCAGCCCCAGCCCCUGGGUGCUGGGGACCUGGUGCCCCUGCCUGCCGAUGCCCUGGUCUCGGCCUUCUGCCUGGAGGCGGUGAGCCCCGACCUGACCAGCUUCCAGCGGGCCCUGGACCACAUCACCACUCUGCUGAGGCCUGAGGGGCACCUCCUCCUCAUCGGGGCCCUGGAGGAGUCAUGGUACCUGGCUGGGGAGGCCAGGCUGGCAGUGGUGCCGGUGUGUGAGGAGGAGGUGAGGGAGGCCCUGGUGCGCAGUGGCUACAAGGUACGGGACCUGCGCACCUACACCAUGCCUGCCCACCUUCGCACAGGCGUUGACGAUGUCAAGGGCAUUUUCUUUGCCUGGGCCCAGAAGGUCAGGGUGUAAGGCCCCCGUGUCCCCAGCGCCAGCAGCCCUCAUCCACCCAGUUCCCUAUUAUCUGAGGUGGCACCUAAUAAAGAAAUGUCUCUGC